AUGUGGGGAAGAAGCCAGGACAAGACACCGGAACAACCGAAAGAGUCGCCAAAGGAAGAUGGCGCCAAGACGUUCGACCCCAACAAGCUGCCGGCACGUGAGAAGCUGCCAGCGGCGCUGCAAAAAAUAGUUGACAAGUCAGACAGAGAGGAUAACUUCUUCGACGAGCUGGUGGACGGGUAUGCGCCCGAGUCCACCGAAUCCAACGUCCGUUAUGCCGCCUACGUGACACGAAUCCGCACCAUCAUGAUGUCCGCCCAUCGAUACGUCGCCUACACCUCUGAUAUUGGCGAAUCCUUCCGGCCCGUCGCGCAUCCCGGUCUCGUCCGCACCGCCUACGGAAUCUCGUGGCUCUACAUCCUCGGCGAUGUCAGUUACGAAGGCUACAAGGCGUACUGGGCUAACCAGCGCGUCCUCAACCCGCACCUCCAGCUUACGGCACGGCAAGCAAAGAUCACGGGACUGCCGGAUGCCGUGUCAGAUGCGACGCACCCCAGCGAAGUGGUUCCGGGUGGCAAGGUCGCGCCGCUGGACGAUUACAGGACAGUCAUGAUCCAGCGAGGUAUCUUCCAGAGCAUUGCCAGCAUGGGUCUUCCGGCUUUCACCAUCCACAGCGUCGUGAGGUACUCUGGCCGAGCUCUCAAGAACGCAAAGAACCCGAAGAUAAGGACCUGGGGCCCCAUUGGUCUCGGCCUCGCUGUCGUACCCUUCUUGCCUAGCCUUUUCGACGAGCCGGUCGAGAACGCCGUGGAGUGGAUCUUUCACAAGGGCUUUGAGUCGUACGGUGGUAAGGAGUUCGUUGGCAACGCACCAGCCACCGGUCGUGAAGACCUAUUGGCGAAGAGACCAAAGGAAAAGGAACUGUAG